AUGGCAGUGUCACAUUCUUCUCAUUUCCAGACUAUUCUUGGGGAAACUCAAGAUGAAGAGGAUGAGAUCCUUCCAAGGAAAGAUUAUGAGGUGAGAAAAUCCCCUUGAAGCAGAUCAAGAUGUCUAACUCCAUAUGAAUGAAGGGAAAAUAGACACACCCAAAUGAGAAUCAGUGUAGCUCUUGACUAUAAACUACAGAAUAAAUUCAAUGGAACACACACUGACUCCUCUCCCAAUGGUUCUCUAUCUUUUGGCAGAGCCUGGAUUAUGACAGGUGCAUCAAUGAACCAUAUGUCGAGGUUCUGGAGGGGAUGAACAAUAAGGUAUACUAAGAAAUGAACUGUGGUGUUGGUAUUGUGAUAAGUAGGCCUACAUUUUGAGUUAGUUACAAAGUCGUUACUAAGUCAUUAAGUAUGUGGUGAGACCACCAACUACACUAGAAUGCCUUUUGUUUUUUGUUUUUUUACAGCCUCUGAAAAUCACAUAUUUUCAUUUCCACAAACUGCAUAUUGCAAUUGUUCUGUCUAUACUUCCAUCUCUUCUAACAUGGGUUCUUCUAUCACACAUUAGAGAGCCAAAAAGUAUGAAGCUGUGAGGUGGAUGCUGGUGUUUGCCAUUGGAGUUUCAGUAGGCAUGGUAAAUGCAAUCAUGUUCUAUGCUGCAUGUAAAAUCAGACAUUCAGAUUUUUGGUUGACUUACAUACCGGUAUGUUAGCGAUAAACAAUGACCCUCUGUACAUUCUCUGGAAAUAAUGUAUGUGGAAGGUAUGGAUGAUGUGCAGGUGCUUCUAACAAAUGUCUGCAUGCUUUGAAAAAAAUGCAAAUUAAACUCUUAUUAACACCAUUGUCUUUUGUUUCAGGUGGGUGUUUUUGUGGACUUUUUUGUACGCCUUUUCACUCAGCUCAAAUUCAACUUGGUGGGAAAAUGUAUCUUUUUUUGAAGAUGGAAUAUUUCACUCAAAAACAUCUAUCCCUAAUUGAUAAUGUCUUUCUGAUGUUGAACAUUGAAAAUCAACAUAUUGUAUUAGUUGAGAGCAGUGAGGUGUUGUGUGGCAGACAGUGCUUUUCCUUAGCCAGUGUGUGCUAGCUGUGGAGGAGUGCAGUGAGAAAGGCUGCCUGGCUCUGUCGCUUCUUGAGCUGCUGGCCUUCAACAUGACCUUCAUCUUCAUCGCCAGUAUGUUGGUCCUCAUCGAGGUAAAGCCGCUCUACACAAAUACCUAACAUGUCCUUACAUGCUAUUGUUAUGCUAUUAAAGUCGACUCCUGACUGUCGCUUGGGACUGUCGCGAUGGCGUGCAGUUAUCAGGAGCAAUUAAAAAGGGACUCCUUUGCACUUCAAUGGAGUUUGCGCUUAUCUGAAGUGCACUUGUCAGGAGUCUACUGUACUGCCUACCUGCCUGUACUGACCAUACCCUCAUUUUCAGAAGUAAUGAGCAUGCUCAUAAUCCCUUUGACAAUACGCUUUGACGGUUUAUUAUCAAAACCGCUUCUUUACACCUGUUGGAUAGUUAUUUUCGUUUUCUUUGCUUGUCUGGUGGUAUCAUAUCAGAAUUGUCCCAACUCCUACUGAACGUCCCUGUCGUGUGUUCUUUAGCCUGUAGCUGCAGGCUCGGGAAUCCCUGAGAUCAAGAGCUACCUGAACGGAGUGAAAAUACCUGGAAUAGUCCGGCUGCGGACUUUCCUCUGCAAGGCUAUCGGAGUCCUCUUCACCGUAGCCGGAGGUACUACAAAAUAGAUGGAACAAGGUCGUAUUCACUAGGCACCAAACAGAAGAAAACUGAAACAGAAAGGGACUACCUGAACUUGUCCAAUAGUUCUUUCGCUUUCCGUUUCAAAACAUUUUGCUACAGUGUGCACUAAUGAAUACGACCCCUGACUUUCCAACAGAUGCAAACAUUAUAGGAUUUAACUAAAAGGAAUCCAGUGGCAAUGCGUCUGUUCCGCCUCUAAGUGUUUGAUCCCUCAGGUCUGUUUGUGGGGAAGGAGGGCCCAAUGAUCCACAGUGGAGCCAUCGUGGGAGCCGGACUCCCUCAGUUUCAGAGCAUCACUUUCAAAAAGAUCAACUUUGACUUCCCCUACUUCCGCAGUGACAGGUACAGUAGCACACUCUACUACUCUGAAGUUCUAAUAGUGCAGUAGUUCAUCAUUGUAAGUUAAAUCUCUGUGCUUAAUCUUGAUUUCAGGGACAAGCGGGACUUUGUGUCAGCGGGGGCGGCGGCUGGGGUGGCGGCUGCGUUUGGGGCACCAAUAGGGGGCACCCUCUUCAGCCUGGAGGAGGGCUCCUCGUUCUGGAACCAGGCACUCACCUGGAAAGUGGUAGGUCAAAGGUCACAGACAGAGACACGCAUGCAAACACACGCAGGCUGUUUUUCUGUCAUUGUCAGUCAGCCUGGUCUGAGGUACCACUCUCUUCCUGUCUACCCCCCCAGCUCUUCUGCUCCAUGUCGGCUACGUUCACCCUCAACUUCUUCCGCUCAGGGAUCAACUACAACAAAUGGGGCUCGUUCCAGCUCCCCGGCCUGCUCAACUUUGGAGAGUUCAAGGUACAAGCACUCAUUCCCACUAAUUCACAUUCACGGUUUUUCAUGUUGUGGAGGUGUGCGUAAAGUGUGUGUGUAUGUGGGUCUGUGUGUGCAUAUAAUGGUUUAGCAACUUGAGUUCUAUAUCUCCAUGGGUGUCCAUCCCUCUCCCACAGUGUUCAGACGGGGAUAAGAAGUGCCACCUGUGGACGGCGGUGGACCUGGCCUUCUUUGUCCUGAUGGGGGUGGUGGGAGGGCUGCUGGGGGCCUUCUUUAACUGCAUCAACAAGAGGCUGGCCAAGUACCGCAUGAGACACGUCCACCCCAAGGCCAAGUUUGUCAGGUACCUGCUAGGAGAGAUAUGUACACACACACAUACAUAUACACUUCAUUGUAGUGACAGUUGCGUUGCUGCAAUGCUUUGUUUCAAAUUAACAUAUUGAAAAUGUUUGUUUCAAAUUAUCAAUAUAUUUAACUUCCCCAUCAAAGUGGAAAGGCAUAUUUCUCAAAGGGUUUACAGUGAUUUGUGUUUCAUCUCAUGUUCGUUGUCUGGUCCCUGGCUAGGGUUCUAGAGAGUUUGCUGGUCGCCAUGGUGACCACGGUGGUGAUCUUCGUGGCAUCCAUGACGUUGGGUGAAUGUCGCGACUUGGCCUCCACAAUCACCAACAACAAAACUACAGCUCAGGUACGUUUGGCAAAGCUCAACUUUAUAAAAAAGUGAAGCAUAUAUAAAUAAGAUAAGAACAGCCGUAAAACGACGUCAUAAUCAAUAUGCACGAAAAGCAUAUUGAAACAUAACAAGCCCAUAAAACAACCUAUAUUCAUACUAAAGCAUCCUUAAAAAGUUUUCUAUUGCCUCUCUGACCUCUCUGAUUGGCCGCCUGAGUUGAAUGAAGUGAAGUGGCAUUGACAUUCUAUUCCAAAACUGUUUCCCCAGGCCUCUCUAGUCUAGUGUACACUCAAGUCCUUCAGAAGUGGAGUUUCACAUUUUGAACGCGUCCCACAUCGGACAGACAUCAUGUAUACAGUGCAUACAUGUAACUAAAGUUAGAAACAUACUCACAUCCAAUGGUUUUGUUACAAUGGUAAAAUAUGUGAUAUGGUGCUUUAUCUAGGUGUCCCUCAACGAAGACGUCAUCAACUCUACCAUCCGCCAGUUCUUCUGCCCCAACAAGACGUACAACGACAUGGCCACUCUGUUCUUCAACCCUCAGGAGGUGGCCAUCCACCAGCUCUUCCACCAGGACGGUGAGACAAGGGCUGUUCUAGGAUCAUAUUAGCCUUUUAAAUAAUGAUGAAUAAGAUUAUGGACAGGCUCCCACCUGAUUUUAAGGGCAAAACUGAUCCCAUGCCUGUACUAAACAGCAUGCUCAAUUAAUAAUCUGGGUAUAUUAAUAAUAUGUAAAGCACUUCUUAGUUCCAGGACUAGGCUUAAUCUGUGUUUUCUUUGAACAUGGCCACUAGUCUCACUCCCUAUACACAUACACACCGAAAGACAUGUUAGUGUUAUGGUAAUGGCUACACUUUAGUCAGUCAUUAAACAGAACAUAAUGAACACCUCUGUGGCCAGCUCUGAAAAAGAUCUGAUGUGAUUGGUCAAAAGACCAAUUAGUGGAAGAAAGAUCAGAGUUGGACUGCCUGUGUAAACGCAGCCUUACUGUGUGAUUUCCUGUGUUUCCUGUCUGUCUCUGUAGGUACGUUCAGCCCUGUGACACUGAUGGUGUUCUUUGUGUUGUACUUCCUGUUGGCAUGCUGGACGUACGGCGUGUCGGUGCCCAGCGGCCUCUUUGUGCCCUCGCUGCUCUGUGGUGCCGCUUUCGGACGCCUGGUGGCCAACCUCCUCAAAAUGUAAGACCAACGUUUUGAUAAUGUUCUCAAUGUUAGGCCAACGUUCUCGUAAUCAAAUGUUCUCAAAAUGUUAGGCAUAUUCUAAUGUACGCAAAUUGUUAGGUCGACGUUCUUGCUAUAACUUUUUUUCCAGAAAUGCCAACGUUCUCAUAGUCAGUACUCAAAUACGUAAGCUGUCUCAAAACAAAAUGUCCAGGAAUGGUAAUGGUGUAUAUCAGAGUCAUUCAUUCAAAGCUGUCAUCAAGGCAAAGGGUGGCUACUUUGAAGAAUCUCAAAUAUAAAAUAUAUUUUGAUUUGUUUAAAAUGUUUGGUUACUACAUGAUUCCAUGUGUGUUAUUUCUACAAUGUAGAAAAUUGUAAAAAUAAAUCCUGGAAUGAGUAGGUGUGUCCAGACUUUUGACUGGUACUGUAGAUAUAAACUGCGUUUAUUUUCAGCAAACUUAACAUAUUUGUAUGAACAUAACAAGAUUCAACAACUGAGACAUAAACUGAACAAGUUCCACAGACAUGUGACUAACAGAAAUUGAAUAAUGUGUCCCUGAACAAAGGGUGGGUCAAAAUCAAAAGUAACAGUCAGUAUCUGAUGUGGCCACCAGCUGCAUUAAGUACUGCAGUGCAUCUCCUCCUCAUGGACUGCACCAGAUUAGCCAGUUCUUGCUGUGAGAUGUUACCCCACUCUUCCACCAAGGCACCUGCAAGUUCCCGGACAUUUCUGGGGGGAAUGGCCCUAGCCCUCAUCCUCCAAUCUUACAGGUCCCAGACGUGCUCAAUGGGAUUGAGAUCCGGGCUCUUCGCUGGCCAUGGCAGAACACUGACAUUCCUGUCUUGCAGGAAAUCACGCACAGAACAAGCAGUAUGGCUGGUGGCAUUGUCAUGCUGGAGGGUCAUGUCAGGAUGAGCCUGCAGGAAGGGUACCACAUGAGGGAGGAGGAUGUCUUCCCUGUAACGCACAGCGUUGAGAUUGCCUGCAAUGACAACAAGCUCAGUCCGAUGAUGCUGUGACACACCGCCCCAGACCAUGACGGACCCUCCACCUCCAAAUUGAUCCCGCUCCAGAGUACAGGCCUCGGUGUAGCGCUCAUUCCUUCGACGAUAAACGCGAAUCCGAUCAUCACCCCUGGUGAGACAAAACCGUGACUCAUCAGUGAAGAGCACUUUUUGCCAGUCCUGUCUGGUCCAGCGACGGUGGGUUUGUGCCCAUAGUUAACGUUGUUGCCUGUGAUGUCUGGUGAGGACCUGCCUUACAACAGGCCUACAAUCCCUCAGUCCAGCCUCUCUCAGCCUAUUGCGGACAGUCUGAGCACUGAUGGAGGGAUUGUGCGUUCCUGAUGUAACUCGGGCAGUUGUUGCCAUCCUAUACCUGUCCCGCAAGUGUGAUGUUCGGAUGUACCAAUCCUGUGCAGGUGUUGUUACACGUGGUCUGCCACUGCGAGGACGAUCAUCUGUUCGUCCUGUCUCCCUGUAGCGCUGUCUUAGGCAUCUCACAGUAUGGACAUUGCAAUAAUUGCCCUGGCCACAUCUGCAGUCCUCAUGCCUCCUUGCAGCAUGCCUAUGGCACGUUCACGCAGAUGAGCAGGGACCCUGGGCAUCUUUCUUUUGGUGUUUUUCAGAGUCAGUAGAAAGGCCUCUCUUGUGUCCUAAGUUUUCAUAACUGUGACCUUAAUUGCCUACCGUCUGUAAGCUGUUAGUUUCUUAACGACCGUUCCAUAGGUGUGUGUUCAUUAAUUGUUUAUGGUUCAUUGAACAAGCAUGGGAAACAGUGUUUAAACCCUUUACAAUGAAGAUCUGUGAAGUUAUUUGGAUUUUUACAAAUUAUCUUUGAAAGACAGGGUCCUGAAAAAGGGACGUUUCUUUUUUUGCUGAGUUUAUAUACAGUGCUGCUUGAAAGUAAGUGAACCCCUUGUGCAAUUACAGAUUUAGUAAGUUUUUACCAUGAAAUCUUAAUUUAAUCAGAACCAGUCUUUUUGAUCUGACAUAACAUGUUUAUAUUUACCAAUAGCAUAUGUUGGUGUAGAGGAAAUCAUGCUUGUAGUAGAAAAACAAAAUUUAAAAAGGAAUUGGUGCAGGUGCAAAAAUAAGUGAACCCCAAGUUGCAUUGGUUAAAUCAAGUAGGUAAGUAGAAUCAGGUGGGUAAAUAAUUAGCUACCAAAUGAACCAAUCAAAGGAGAGAUCGUUAGGAAAGAGUUUGGGCGGGACUGAUAAAUAGAGAUAAGAAACCUGGUCAGUUUGGUGUUGCCCAUCCAGGUGAAUGCAAAGCACACCAUGGCGAGAGGAAAGGAGAUCUCAGAGGACAUCAGGACGAGGGUAGUGAGACCACAUCAGUCUGGGGAAGGCUAUAAAAUCAACAAUAAGAAGAACACUGAAUCGAAAUGCCAUUCAUGGGAGGGUUGCUAGGAAGAAGCCUCUGCUGUCAAAAAAGAACCAAACUGCCUGUCUUAACUUUGCCAGAGACCACCUGGACAAACGUGGACAAACCUGAAGGUUUCUGGAAGUCCAUUCUCUGGACCGAUGAGUCCAAAAUUCACCUUUUUGGUCACAGUCAACACCGGUAUGGUAAACCAAACACUUCCUACCACAAAAAUAACCUUAUCCCAACAGUCAAGCGUGGUGGUGGGAAUGUCAAGAUCUGGGGCUGCUUUUCCUCUGGACCUGGACGACUCCACAUCAUUAAGGGAACCAUGAAUUCUGAGGUAUACCAGGAGAUUCUUGAACAGAACGUCAGGCCAUCAGUCAAGGAGCUAAAGCUGGGCCGAAAAUCGGUCUUCCAACAAGACAGCAACCCAAAGCAUUCAAGCAAAUCUACCAAAUAAUGGCUCGGGAGAAAGAAGAUUUGUGUUUUGGAUUGGCCAAGUCAAAGUCUCCUCCUAUCGAGAUGCUGUGGCAGGACCUGAAGCAGGCAGUUCAUGCCAGACACCCCUCAAACCUCACUCAAUUGUCUGAGUUCUGUAAGGAGGAAUGGGCAAAAAUCCCUCUGAUUACUGGUUGGGGAGUUUCUCCCAUUCUUCUCUGCAGAUCCUCUCAAGCUCUGUCAGGUUGGAUGGGAGCAUUGCUGCACAGCUAUUUUCAGGUCCCUCCAGAGAUGUUAGAUCGAGUUCAAGUCUGGGCUCUGGCUGGGCCACUCAAGGACAUUCAGAGACUUGUCCCGAAGCCCCUCCUGCGUUGUCUUUGCUGUGUGCUUAGGGUCGUUGUCCUGAUGGAAGGUGAACCUUUGCCCCAGUCUGCGGUCCUGAGCGCUCUGGAGCAGGUUUUCAUCAAUGAUCUCUCUGUACUUUGCUCCAUUCAUCUUUCCCUCGAUCCUGGCUAGUUUCCCAGUCCCUGCCGCUGAAAAACAUCCCCAAAGCAUGAUUCUGCCACCACCAUGCUUCACCGUAGGGAUGGUGCCAGGUUUACUCCAUACGUGACGCUUGGCAUUCAGGCCAUAGAAUUCAAUCUUGUUUCUCAUGGUCUGAGAGUCUUUAGGUGCCUUUUGGCAAACUUCAAGCGGGCUGUCGUGCCUUUUACUGAGGAGUGGCUUCCGUCUGGCCACUCUACCAUAAAGGCCUGAUUGGUGGAGUGCUGCAGAGAUGGUUGUCCUUCUGGAAGGUUCGCCCAUCUCCACAGAGGAACUCUAGAGCUCUGUCAGUGACCAUCGGGUUCUUGGUCACGGCCCUGAACGAGGCCCUUCUGUCACUGUGUUCUUGGGGACCUUCAAUGCUGCAGAAAUUUUUUGGUACCCUUCCCCAUAUCUGUGCCUUGACACAAUCCUGUUUCGGAGCUCUACGGACAAUUCCUUCGACCGCAUGGCUUGGUUUUUGCUCUGACAUGCACUGUCAACUGUGUGCCUUUCCAAAUCAUGUCCAAUCAAUUGAAUUUACCACAGGUGGACUCCAAUCAAGUUGUAGAAACAUCUCAAGGAUGAUCAAUGGAAACAGGAUGCACCUGAGCUCAAUUAGGAGUCUCAUAGCAAAGGGUCUGAAUAUUUAUGUAAAUAAGGUAUUUCUGUUUUUUAUUUUUAAUAAGUUAGCAAACAUUUCUAAACCUGUUUUCGCUUUGUCAUUAUGGGGUAUUGUGUGUAGAUUGCUGAGGAUUUUUUAUUUAUAUAAUCCAUUUUAGAAUAAGGCUGUAACGUAACAAAAUGUGGAAAAAGUCAAGGGGUCUGAAUACUUUCCGAAGGCAGCUACAGUGCCUUCAGAAAGUAUUCAUACCCCUUGACCCAUAUUUUGUGUUAUAUAUAUAUAUUUUUUUCUCACCCAUCUACACACAAUACACCAUAAUGACGAAGUGAAAAUGAAAUAUUUAAUUUACAUAAGUAUUCACACUCCUGCGUAGAAGCACCUUUGGCGGCGAUUACAGUUUUGAGUCGUCUUGGGUAUGUCUGUAUCAGUUUUGCAGAUCUGGUUUGGGGGAUUUUCUCCCAUUUUUCAUUGCAGAUUUUCUCAAGCUCUGUUAAGUUACAUGGGGAGCAGCGGUGAACAGCAAUCUUCAAGUCUUUCCACAUAUUUUCAAUGGGAUUCAAGUAUGGGCUUUAGCUGGGCCACUCAAGGACUUUCACAUUCUUGUUCUGAAGCCAUUCCAGCGUUGCUUUGGCUGUAUGCUUUGGGUCAUUGUCCUGUUGGAACAUACAUCUUUGCCCCAGUCUAAGGUCGUUUGCCCUCUGUAGCAGGUUCUCAUCAAGGAUUUGUUUGUUCCCUCUAUCCUUACCAGUCUCCCAGUCCCUGCCGCUGAAAAGCAUCCCCAUAACAUGAUGCUGCCACCACAAUGCUUCACGGUAGGGAUGGUGUUAGACGGGUGAUGAGCUAUGACUGGUUUUCUCCAGACAUAGCUCUUUGCAUUCAGGCCAAAGAGUAACAUUUUUGUCUCAUCAGACCACAGAAUAUUUUUGCCUUAUGCUCUGUCUUUCACGUGCCUUUUUGAAAACUCCAGGCGUGCUGUCAUGUGCCUUUUUCUCAGGAGUGGCUUCCGUCUGGCCACUCUCCCAUAAAGCCCAGAUUGGUGAAGUGCUGUAGAGACAUUUGUCAUUCUGACAGGUUCUCCCAUCUCAGCCAAGGAACUCUGUAGUUCUGUCAGUGGUCAUUGUGUUCUUGGUCACCUCCCUGACCAAGAUCCUUUAUUUUUUUUAUUUUUUUUUAGGUUUCGGGGCUGUCGCUGGGCAAUACGGACUUUCAGCUCCCUCCAAAGAUUUUCUAUUGGGUUCAGGUCUGGAGACUGGUUAGGCCACUCCAGGACUUGAGAUGCUUCUUACGGAGCCACUCCUUAGUUGCCCUGGCUGUGUGUUUCGGGUCGUUGUCAUGCUGGAAGACCCAGCCACGACCCAUCUUCAAUGCUCUUACUGAGGGAAGGAGGUUGUUGGCCAAGAUCUCGCGAUACAUGGCCCCAUCCAUCCUCCCCUCGCGAAAACCAAACACUGCAUUCCACAGUAAGAACAUCAUACCAAAGGUCAAGCAUGGUGGUGGUGGUGGUGUGAUAGUUUGGGGAUGCUUUGCUGCCUCAGGACCUGGACGACUUGCCUUAAUAGAAGGAACCAUGAAUUUUGCUCUGUAUCAGAGAAUUCUACAGGAGAAUGUCAGACCAUCCGUCUGUGAGCUGAAGCUGAAGCGCAGCUGGGUCAUGCAGCAAGACAAUGAUCCAAAACACACAAUCAAGUCUACAUGAAAAUUGCUAAAAAGCAACAAAUUGGAAGUUUUGGAAUGGUCUAGUCAAAGUCCAGACCUAAUCCCAAUUGAGAUGUUGUGGCAGGACUUGAAACGAGCAGUUCAUGCUUGAAAACCCACACGUCACUGAGUUAAAGCAGUUCUGCAUGGAAGAGUGGGCCAAAAUUCCUCCACAGCGACGUGAGAGACUGAUCAACAACUACAGGAAGCAUUUGGUUGGAGUCAUUGCAGCUAAAGGUGGCACAACCAGUUAUUGAGUGUAAGGGGACAAUUACUUUUUCACACAGGGGAAUUGGGUGUUGCAUAACCUUGUUUAUGAAAUAAAUAAAAUAAAUAUGUAAUUGUUGUGUUAUUUGUUCACUUAUGUUCCCUUUAUCUAAUAUUAGGUUUUGGUUGAAGAUCUGAUAACAUUCAGUAUCACAAAUAUGCAAAAGUAGAGAAAAUUUGAAAGGGGGCAAAUACUUUUUCAUAGCACUGUAUGUAAAUUUACCAAUAUAAAAUGCCAUAGCGAUUGACUGUCCAUAUAGCUGUACCAUGAUAUUUUCAUUGCUACUAAGUAACCUUCCAAUUGUUCUCCACUAAUUCCCCUGCUAAAGCCCCUCCCCAUCUCAAGGUCCUUCUUGCCCGGUUGCUCAGUUUGGUCGAACGGCCAGCUCUAGGCAUAGUCUGGGUAGUUCCAUAUUUGUUCUAUUUUCCAUUGAUUGAGACCACUGUGCACUUGGAAUGUUUAACACUCUAGAAGUUGUUUUAUACCCUUUCACAGAUAUACAGUGAGGGAAAAAAGUACUGUGAGAGACAGAGUAACAACAAAAAAAUCCAGAAAAACGUAUGUCAGAAAUGUUAUAAAUUGAUUUCCAUUUUAAUGAGGGAAAUAAGUAUUUGACCCCCUCUCAAUCAGAAAGAGUUCUGGCUCCCAGGUGUCUUUUAUACAGGUAACGAGCUGAGAUUAGGAGCACACCCUUAAACUCUCCACCAUGGCCAAGACCAAAGAGCUCUCCAAGGAUGUCAUGGACAAGAUUGUAGACCUACACAAGGCUGGAAUGGGCUACAAGACCAUCGCUAAGCAGCUUGGUGAGAAGGUGACAACAGUUGGUGCGAUUAUUCACAAAUGGAAGAAACACAAAAGAACUGUCAAUCUCCCUUGGCCUGGGGCUCCAUGCAAGAUCUCACCUCGUGGAGUUGCAAUGAUCAUGAGAACGGUGAGGAAUCAGCCCAGAACUACACGGGAGGAUCUUGUCAAUGAUCUCAAGGCAGCUGGGACCAUAGUCACCAAGAAAACAAUUGGUAACACACUACGCCGUGAAGGACUGAAAUCCUGCAGCGCCCGCAAGGUCCCCCUGCUCAAGAAAGCACAUAUACAGGCCCGUCUGAAGUUUGCCAAUGAACAUCUGAAUGAUUCAGAGGAGAACUGGAUGAAAGUGUUGUGGUCAGAUGAGACCGAAAUGGAGCUCUUUGGCAUCAACUCAACUCGCCGUGUUUGGAGGAGGAGGAAUGCUGCCUAUGACCCCAAGAACACCAUCCCCACCGUCAAGCAUGGAGGUGGAAACAUUAUGCUUUGGGGGUGUUUUUCUGCUAAGGGGACAGGACAACUUCACCGCAUCAAAGGGAAGAUGGACGGCGCCAUGUACCGUCAAAUCUUGGGUGAGAACCUCAUUCCCUCAGCCAGGGCAUUGAAAAUGGGUCGUGGAUGGGUAUUCCAGCAUGACAAUGACCCAAAACACACGGCCAAGGCAACAAAGGAGUGGCUCAAAAAGAAGCACAUUAAGGUCCUGGCGUGGCCUAGUCAGUCUCCAGACCUUAAUCCCAUAGAACAUCUGUGGAGGGAGCUGAGGUUUAGAGUUGCCAAACGUUAGCCUUGAAACCUUAAUGACUUGGAGAAUAUCUGCAAAGAGGAGUGGAACAAAAUCCCUCCUGAGAUGUGUGCAAACCUGGUGGCCAACUACAAGAAACAUCUGACCUCUGUGAUUGCCAACAAGGGUUUUGCCACCAAGUACUAAGUCAUGUUUUGCAGAGGGGUCAAAUAAUUAUUUCCCUCAUUAAAAUGCAAAUCAAUUUAUAACAUUUUUGACAUGCGUUUUUCUGGAUUUUGUUGUUGUUAUUCUGUCUCUCACUGUUCAAAUAAACCUAACAUUUAAAAUUAUAGACUGAUCAUGUCUUUGUCAGUGGGCAAACGUACAAAAUCAGCAGGGGAUCAAAUACUUUUUUCCCUCACUGUAUGCUUCAUCACAGUUCUAUCUCAGAGAUCUACGGACAGUUCCUUGGAUUUCAUGGUAUAGUUUCUGCUCUGACAUGCGCUGUCAAAUGUGGAACCUUAUAUAGAAAUUUCAAAGGAAAUUGAAUGCACCUGAGCUCAAUUUGGAGUGUCAUAGCAAAGGGGUCUGAAUAUUUGUGAAUUAGAUAUUUCUGUAUUUCAUUUUCAAUAAAUUUCUAAAAACUAAUUUUCACUUUGUCAUUAUGGGGUAUUGUGUGUAGAUCCAUUUUGAAUUCAGGCUGCAACACAAAAAAUGUGGAAUAAGUCAAGGGGUAUGAAUACUUUCUGAAGGCACUGUAUAUGGCUCUGGUUUAUAUGAUUUGAAAUCUGUUGGUUUGGAAAUCUCUCAACUACUUUCCCAGCAGCAAAGUACUUUAUAUAUAAAGUGUAGCUGCAGUGUAACUUUCCCAUGGAGUUUGUAUCUCUUAGAAAGUGAAAUAAUGCUAACAAAGCUACUUUUUAAAGUUGACAUAGCCUCUGAGAGGGAAUCUGCUGAUUGGGCACUUUCUCUCAGCGCUUCUCACUCUGAGUUUUUCCUCUCACUCUUUGACCCACUUGUCCUCCGUACUCUGCUUUGUCAGACUCAGGCCUUUUGAGUUCCUGGGUUCCACUCAACUGCAAGUAAUGACUGCUUUCAUGUGCCACACUGGGGCCCUUGUAAUGCAAGUGUUAGAUCGUUAACCUAGCUAAAAAUUUAGUUUCUCUUGGCGUUUUGGACUGUAGGUGCCAGUUCAUUGUCUCACUUCAGAUAGCGUGACUUGUGUGAGUGUAAUGCCACCUGUUGAAAGACAAUGCAAACUGUCUUAUCAAAACAUGAUAAAUAUGUUGAUUUACAGUUGUUAGUUCAUAGAUUCGUUGUGGUCUUAGGAAUGAGAAAAUAAUGCAGUUUGAGCGGACAAUUCUAUUAUUAAGCCUGAGAGUCUUUCCUUAGAUAUCGAAAUCAAACUGACCGCUUUUAGAAAGUCAAGUUGAGAUUUCUCCCCCAUCCUUUGACAAAACCUUUCCAAAUGUUGCUAAUGUUGACACUUACUGUUUCGACUGAUCCUGCUUUUCCUGAUUGGUUCCUUUGGCUGUCCUUUUGCCACAGCAACCUGGGGAUGGACAUCUAUUCUGGGACCUUUGCUCUGAUUGGAGCAGCUGCCUUCCUGGGAGGUGUGGUCCGGAUGACCAUCAGCCUGACUGUCAUUCUCAUCGAAUCGACCAAUGAGAUCACCUACGGCUUGCCCAUUAUGAUAACCCUCAUGGUAAAGUACACCUCAUUGAUUUGAACUUACAUUCACAAUUUAGUACACUUGCAUCAGUGUUGGUACUUACAGGAUUGUGUGUGUGUGUGUGUGUGUGUGUGUGCGUAUGCUCAGGUGGCCAAGUGGACGGGGGAUUUCUUCAAUAAGGGCAUCUAUGACAUCCACAUUCAUCUGAGAGGAGUGCCACUGCUGGAGUGGGAGACAGAGGUGGAGAUGGACAAGUAAGCAAAUAAUACUACAUUUAUGAUAAUAAAGAUCAGUGGUCAUUAAACAGACCCUUGUAUCCAAACCAACUUACAACUAACACAUUUCUCUUCAGUAUACACACAUAUUCUGUAUAUAUGUGGCCCUUUUCAAACUUUAACCAACUGUGUAGUCUGCUGAUGGGUUCAAUUCGAAUUUGAACUAAAAAAAUAUGGAAAAUAAUUGCUUCUCCUUUUCAGUUUCUUGGCAAGACCUUGAAAAUAGAUUCCCAUUUUUCAAUGAUUGAAUUUGAAUUUUACUUCCUGAAUUGACUGACCCUAACCCUGGUACAUAUGUGUCCCUUGUUUAUCCCCCAGACUGACUGCCAGUGACAUCAUGGAGCCCAACCUGACGUACGUAUACCCCCACACGCGCAUCCAGUCCCUGGUGAGCAUCCUGCGCACCACCGUCUACCAUGCCUUCCCUGUGGUCACCGAGAACAGGGACAACGAACACGAGUUCAUGAAGGGCAACAUCCUCAUCAGCAACAACAUCCGCUUCAAGGUAGGAGCCAGGGCAACGUGCAGAUAGAAAUGUCAUAAAUAGAACUCACAUGAUUAUUUAUUCUACACAUCAGAGAUGUUUGUUCUACUUAACCUAUUUCUGUCUUAACAUUUGUGUCCUGGGGUGUAUGCAUUAAUUGCAGAUCGUAGCGAAACGUUUCGCCUGUUUACUCUAGGAACCAAAAGGAAGCAAACGUAACGAAACUGGGAGGGACCUACCUGGAUUUGUCCAAUAGAAACUCUCGUUUUCGUUACCAAACGUUUUUGAGUUUGGAGCAUCAGGCCAAACGUUUUGCUACAGUCUGCGACAAAUGAAUACACCUCUGCUGAAGGUGCCCUUGCAUUACCAUGAACUGCCACCAGGGGUAGUCAGAGCCCUGUUAUACUGUAUAAUGCAUGGGCUAGGGAUAUCGAUAUAGGCCACUUAAUUCGGCCGUGUUUCCAAUAAUUGGAAAAUGGUGUCUAUCCUUCCUUCCGCCCCUCCUUGUAGUAUUGUUACUGUAAAGCCCUUUGUUACAUGUUGUUGAUAAAAAGGCUGUGUAAAUCACAUCUAGUUCUAUGUUAGGGCAGUGUCAGUAAUUACAUUAGGGAAUGUAGGGAACAGGAAUGCACAGACAGUCUGUGUGGAACCCUGCCUUCUCCCCCCACCUCCUCCUCAGAAAGCGAGCGUGCUGACGCGGGCCGGGGAGCAGCGGCGGCGCUGCCAGUCCAUGAAGUCAUACCCGUCCAGUGAGCUGCGCAACGUGUGUGACGAGCAGCUGGCGGCCGUGGUGCCCGCUAUGGAGGAGGGCCAGGACAUGCUGCAGCAGAUGCUGGAGAGAAGGUGAGCCCCACACACACACAUACGCACACCUUAAUUCUCACACCUGAGUUGGCCACAUCCCAUUUUUUACAAUCACCAACCAUGUAACCAUCCUAUCCCCUGUAACUUUGACUUGGGUCAAAUUUGGAUUUUGCAUCCCUCAUUCUUCUGAAAUUAACUAUUAAUAAACAUUGCACACAUUGUAAUCGAUAGAUUCACAAAUGAGUCAGUCCGGUGUUUCUAUUUGGAGAGAAUGCUGUUCUAACGUGUCUGUGACUAUGUAUGUUUCUAGACAUGUGCCCUACCCUAACCUGUACCCAGACCAGUCCCCUAGCGAGGAGUGGACCAUGGAGGAGCGCUUCCGACCUCUGACCUUCCACGGCAUCAUCCUGCGCUCUCAGCUGGUCAACCUGCUGAUACGCGGUGUCUGCUACGCAGAGAACCAGUCGGUCAGUGGCCCAAUUCCCAACCCACUGGACAACAGGGUCGUAUUCAUUAGUGAUGGGGGGAAAAUAUCGAUACAGGAGAGCAUCGCAAUAUUAUUUUUGCAUUCGAUUCUCUGACUCAAAGAGAAUCGAAUAUUUAAUGUGGAGUCAAUGUUAGCUAGUGCUAAUCGGCUGUACUUGUGCCAAAACUCCGGAAUUUUUCAUCCUAUAGUUUGUUAUCCAUCAGCGAUUUUAUUUCUAUGACUUAUUAAAACUUGUUUUCUCAUGCCUCUGUAGUAAGACCUGUAGUGAGACAGUUGUUUGAACAUCGAAUCACAAUAAAAUUGCAGUAUCAAAUCGCAAUACAUAUAGAAUCUUUUGCAGUAUCAAAUCGCAAUACAUAUAGAAUCGUGGUACAUAAAGAAUCGCACCUAAGUAUUGUGAUAAUAUCGUAUCGUGAGGUCCCUAGCAAUUCCCAGCCCUAGUAUGAGGUAUGAAAGUGACGUGUCAUUUUCCAGGAAGUAGCCUUGUAGUUUUUGAACUUUUGUAACCUUUUUGAAUGGUAUUCAAUGGGAAAAACGUAGCACAAGGGUCUUGAGCGCAACAACUUCAUAAAAGGCAUCUGGCAGAAGUAAGUUAAUCCACAAACACAAAUAUAAUUUUAUAUGUAUCUUAAAUGACCGGAUUUUCACUAAUUCUAUGAUAUAAUCGUCAAGCCCAAUCAAAAGAUUAGGGGACAGGAUCCGGAAGUAUGACGUAGGACGAUGUCACUUGCACAUCGUAUUCAUUAGGCAACAAAUGGAAUAAAACGGACUGAAACAUGAAGGAACUACCUGAACUCUCGUUUUCGUUCUCCGUUGCAAAACGUUUUGCUACUGUGUUCUGUGCACUAAUGAAUACGACCCAGGAGUUAGUCAGUGUGUGUAGGGGAGAGUGUUUCUACACAUGUUGUCGUCUGUGUAUGUCUGUGCACCUUUAUAUUUGUCUGUCUGUGUCCACAUAGAGUGCCAUGCAGCCGAGACUGUCGUAUGCUGAGAUGACGGAGGACUACCCCCGUUUCCCAGACAUCCACGACCUAGACUUGACCCUUCUCAAUCCCCGCAUGAUAGUGGUACGACCCAGUCCAUCACACAUCUACAGCUACUGCUGCACUUACAGUCAGGUUGCUCCCCUGGUGCUCCCAACUUUAAAAAGUUAGGAGCACAACAUAAGAUUUAUGAGCAGCAGAAAAUACGAUUUUUUAAAAUAGAUUGAGAUAUAACCUAUAGUGCAUUCGGCAAGUAUUCAGACCCCUUGACUUUUCCACAUUUAGUUACAUUACAGCCUUAUUCUAAAAUUGAUUAAUUUGUAUUUAUUUUUCCUUAUCAAUCUAAACACAAUACUCCAUAAUGACAAAGCAAAAACAGGUUUCUAGAAAUUUUAGCAAAUGUAUUAAAAAUAGAAAACGGAAAUAUAACAUUUACAUAAGUAUUCAGACCCUUUACUCAGUACUUUGUUGAAGCACCUUUGCAAGCGAUUACAGCCUCUAGUCUUCUUGGGUAUGACGCUACAAGCUUGGCACACCUGUAUUUGGGGAGUUUCUCCCAUUUCUUCUCUGCAGAUCCUCUUAAGCUCUGUCAGGUUUCUCCAGAGAUGUUUGAUCGGGUUGAAGUUCGGGCACUGGCUGGGCCACUCAAGGACAUUUAGAGACUUGUCCCGAAGCCACUCCUGCGUUGUCUUGGCUGUGUGCUUAGGGUCACUGUCCUGUUGGAAGGACAGGACAGUGGCUUCGGGACAAGUCUCUAAAUGUCCUUGAGUGGCCCAGCCAGUGACCGGACUUUGCCCCAGUCUGCGGUCCUGAGGGCUCUGGAGCAGGUUUUCAUCAAGGAUCUCUCUGUACUUUGCUCCGUUCAUCUUUCCCUCGAUCCUGACUAGUCUCCCAGUCCCUGCCGCUAAAAAACAUCCCAACAGCAUGACGCUGCCACCACCAUGCUUCAUCGUAGGGAUGGUAUUGGCCAGGUGAUGAGCGGUGCCUGGUUUCCUCCAGACGUGAAGCUUGGCAUUCAGGCCAAAGAGUUCAAUCUUGGUUUCAUCAGACCAGAGAAUCUUGUUUGUCAUGGUCUGAGAGUCUAUUAGGUGCUUUUUGGCAAACUACAAGUGGGCUGUCAUGUACCUUUUACUGAGGAGUGGCUUCCUUCUGGCCACUCUACCAUAAAGGCCUGAUUGGUGGAGUGCUGCAGAGAUGGUUGUCCUUCUGGAAGGUUCUCCAAUCUCUACAGAGGAAUUUUUUAACGUUGUGAACAGAGUGCCCCUUGGUGGGGGUUAUGGUAUGGGCAGGCAUAAGCUACGGACAACGAACACAAUUGUACAGAGAUACCGUGACGAGAUCCUGAGGCCCAUUGUCGUGCCAUUCAUCCGUCACCAUCACCUUCACCUCAUGUUUCAGCAUGAUAAUGCAUGGGCCUAUGUCGCAAGGAUCUGUACACAAUUCCUGGAAGCUGAAAAUGUCCCAGUUCUUCCAUGGCCUGCAUACUCACCAGAGAUGUCACCCAUUGAGUUUGGGAAGCACUGGAUCGACGUGUACGACAGCGUGUUACAGUUCCAGCCAAUAUCCAGCAACUUCGCACAGACAUUGAAGAGGAGUGGGACAACAUUCCACAGGCCACAAUCAACAGCCUUCAAAUUAGUGGAUUCGGCUAUUUCAGCCACACCCAUUACUGAUAGGUGUAUAAAAUCGAGCACAUAGCCAUGUAAUCUACAUUGACAGUAGAAUGGCCUGUACUAAGGAGCUCAGUGACUUUCAACGUGGCACCGUCAUAGGAUGUCACCGUUCCAACAAGUCAGUUCGUCAUAUUUCUGCCCUGCUAGAGCUGCCCCGGUCAACUGUAAGUGCUGUUAUUUUGAAGUGGAAACGUCUAGGAGCAAGAUCGUUUCAGCCGCGACGUGGUAGGCCACACAAGCUCACAGAACUGGACUGCCGAGUGCUGAAGCGCGUAAAAGUCUUCUGUCCUCGGUUGCAACACUCACUACCGAGUUCCAAACUGCCUCUGGAAGCAACGUCCGCACAAGAACUGUUCAUCAGGAGCUUCAUGAAAUGGGUUUCUAUGGCAGAGCAGCCGCACACAAGCCUUAGAUCACCAUGCACAAUGCCAAGCGUCGGCUGGAGUGGUGUAAAGCUCACCGCCAUUGGACUCUGGUGCAGUGGAAACACGUUGUCUGGAGUGAUGAAUCACGUUUCACCAUCUGGCGGAUGCCAGGAGAACGCUACCUGCCCCAAUGCAUAGUACCAACUGUAAAGUUUGGUGGAGGCCCCUUAGUUCCAGUGAAGGGAAAUCUUAACGCUACAGCAUACAAUGACAUUCUAGACGAUUCUGUGCUUCCAACUUUGUGGCAACAGUUUGGGGAAGGCACUUUCCUGUUUCAGCAUGACAAUGCCACCAUGCACAAAGCCAGGUCCAUACAGAAAUGGUUUGUCGAGAUCGGUGUGGAAGAACUUGACUGGCCUGCACAGAGCCCUGAGCUCAACACCCUCAAACGCCUUUGGGCUGAAUUGGAACGCCGACUGCUAGCCAGGCCUAAUCGCUUAACAUCAGUGCCCGACCUCACUAAUGCUCUUGUGGCUGAAUGGAAGCAAGUCCCCGCAGCAAUGUUCCAACAUCUCGUGGAAAGCCUUCCCAGAAGAGUGGAGGCUGUUAUAGUAGCAAAGGGGGGCCAAACUCCAUAUUUUUGGAAUGAGAUGUUUGAUGAGCAGGUGUCCACAUACUUUUGACCAUGUAGUGUAGCUGUGACCAACAGAUGCAUCUCUGUAUUCGCAGUCAUGUGGAAUCCAUAGAUUAGGGCCUAAUUAAUUUAUUUCAAUUGACUGAUUUAUGAACUUUAACUCAGUAAAGUCUUUGAAAUUGUUGCAUGUUAUGUUUAGAUUUUUGUUCAGUGUAGUUGCAUACCCCUGGCCUAUAUGAAAUAUAGCUACUUCUGAAGCACAUGUUGUGCUCUAGAAACUAAUGUAUAACCCUGUAAAUACGUCUGUUUAUUUUUAAAAUCUAAAAUAUUGAUACAAAUACAUGUUUGGAUAUACUGGUAAAGUUACCAGGUUGUUAGCUAGCAAGCUACAUGACUGAACAAGGUGUAAAACAAAUGUGGCCUGCUAGUAGUUUUAGAACGGCCCGCUACAUGGUUUAUGAAGAAAAAGAUGCACCCCAUCCGUGACAGGAAGAAAGAACAUUGCACCUGGAAUAUGUGUCAGAUCUAUACAACUGUUUGAGUUGUAAACAAGCAGUUUCCGCUGUAUUAGCGGUGCAAGCAUGACGCUAACGGAUCUGAGCUCGGGAAACAAUGGUACAGGGAGCGUUAUCAUUGUAACAAUUAUUGUUAUGAUAUAUAUUUUUUUAAAUUAUUUUUUGAGGGGUAGCACAGUGCUCCCAAAUAAAAAUUCCAGGUCCCACAGCAAAAUAGGUAACACCAAAUUGGUCGCACUUUAGAGCCCUACGUGAUAGUGGUACAACCCAGUCACACAUCUACAGCUACUGCUGCACUUACACAUCUCUUUAUGAAGUCAGUACAGUGCCAAAAAUGCUUUGUCCCCUAAAAGGAACAAUUUACCUCAAAAGUGUUGAGGCUAUUUGUUGUUACUACCUGGUUACAUGUUUGUGAUAGUAAGUGAUAAUCUUCUUUCACUUUCAGGACGUCACCUCGUACAUGAACCCUUCCCCCUACACGGUGUCCCCAAACACACACGUGUCCCAAGUGUUUAACCUGUUCAGGACCAUGGGCCUUCGACACCUGCCUGUGGUCAACGCAGUAGGAGAGGUGAGUCGCACCGUAAGGGGUUAAAAUUCCCACUCCUUAACUUUCUGUUUCCUCUCUGUGGCCUGGGUCAUAUUCAGUAGGGCAGUGUUUCUAAAUUCCUGGUCCUUUGUUUUUGCCCUAGUGCUACACACCUGAUUCCACUAAUCAACUCAUCAAACUUUUGAUUAGUAGAAUCAGGUGUGUAGUGCUAGGGCAAAAACAAAAAUGUCCACCCCUUUGCGUCCCCAGGACCAGGAUUCAAAAACACUGCAUUAGGGCACGCCAUAGCAAAACUGUUUGCAACGGAAAUGGAAAAUGAACAUUUCUUAUUGACAAGUUCAGGUAGUCCCUCCCUGUUUCAGUCAGUUUUCUUAGGAUUCAAUAAUUCCCAGAUGUGGAAUUAUAAUAAGAACUGUUUCAAAUUACAACAUGUCUCUGUCUGUCCAUCAUAAAGACCGACACACCAAGCUGUGUUGGCCACUAUAGCCUUAAUGCUUAUUAAUGGUGACAUUUUAAUAACAUAAAAACUGGCCCUGUCAAAAUACUCAUUUUAUGUACUUGAUGCAGUAUGUAUUAAAGGUCCAUAUUGUUCCAUUCUAAACCUGCAUGAAUAAUCAACACUCUGACAGACAUGCAGCUUCAAGGGACUAAUGCCACUUAUUUUUACUGUCAAACUGUCAAAAUAAGAUAUAAUUUGCUUUUGCUUAGAAGCACUAAGCAGAGAAAUUGCUCAGUAGCUAACUACUGUAGCUAAUUCAAUAUUUUUGAGUCUUUCUAGAGUGGAGGAAGCAAUUUGCUCCAUGAUGUCGCUCCCUGUACCUUCUCUUUCAGAUUGUGGGAAUAAUCACAAGACACAAUUUAACCCACGAGUUCCUCUUGGGGAAACUCAGACAGCACUACGUCACGAUUUGA